AUGAGAACCAUACUUUUCAGCAUUGACGGUGGUGGUAUCAAGGGGAUUAUUCCAGCAACAGUUCUUGAACACUUAGACGAGGCACUUAAGGCUAAAGACCCAAAUACAGCUUUAGCAUAUUAUUUUGAUAUGAUAGCAGGAACUAGUACUGGUGGACUUAUAACUGCUUUGUUAGCCAGCCAAGACCCAAAAGACCCUAAUCAUCAUGGGUUUACUCCAGCGGAAAUCGUAAAGUUUUACAUGGAUAAUGGCCCUCAAAUAUUCAAUUAUUCUAGUAGUUGGGAUUCGACCUGGGCAGGGUACGAUGGGGAGUUCUUACAUAAUAUAACUCGUGAGAUAUUGCAAGACACUCGACUGAGUGAUACAUUGACACAUGUUGUAAUCCCAACCUUUGACGUGAAGAUAAAGAAACCAGUUAUAUUCUCAAAUUAUAAGCUGACGAAUUAUCCCUUCUUAAAUGCGAAGAUGUCAGAUAUAUGCAUAGGGACUUCAGCUGCACCCCAAACUCUACCUCCCUAUCAAUUUGAGAAUGAUGGUACUGAGUUCAAUUUGAUUGAUGGUGGUGUUGCUGCUGGUAAUCCGACGAAGAGUGCCGUGAGUGAAGGUAUACGAUACAACAGUUUCAGCGAAAUUCACGUACUAUCGUUAGGAACAGGAGUAACAACAGUUAUCGAACAAUACGAUGCUGAAAUCGUUGGUAGAUGGUCACAGUUGGACUGGCUAUAUAAAGGACCAGAAUUUCUUGCUCGUGCUUCUACAGACAUGACUGAAAAUCACCUUGCCACAGUGUUCCCAAGCCCCCAACCUGCCAAAACCUACCUUCGAGUUGAGGAAUAUGACCUGCCUUAUUUCCUGGAUAACAUGGUUAAUGCUACAAAAGAAAACAUGGACAAUCUCGAACAGGUGGGAAAAGACCUGUUGAAAAAAAAUGUCAGGAAGAUUAAUGUUGAUUCUUUUGAUAUCGAAGAAACUGGUGAGGGUACCUAUGCCGAGGCUCUUGACAGGUUUGCUGAGAUUUUGUACAGCGAAAGGCAGCAUCGUUUGAAAACAAUUUCGAUGGAGAAAAGGGGACGACCAUUUAUUCAAACUAUGUGGGUUCCUUUUGGCCAAGCUCAAGCAACUUAA